AUGCAACCAGGUGUGCGGGUCUGUGUGCCCACUGCGAGUGUGCUGGGCCUGUUCUGCAGCGGCUGUUGGAGCAAGGUGCUGAGUUUGCCUGGUCGUAGUUUUAGCUGUUUUCCCAGGCAGAUGAGCAGAUGGAACAGUCAGGAGACCCUUGCCCCUCCACCCAGAGAGGAAAAUCCUCGUGUCCUCAUCACUGGUAAAAAAAAAAAAAUUAUUAUCAUUCCUUUGGAAAGAGUUACUAACAACACAACUGCCUUCUUUUAACAUUUAUCCAUUCAGGUAAAGGUGUGUUUUUACACCUAACCCAAACGCUGCACCUGUGAAGCUGCUAUUGUUUUCUACUACUUUCAAAGCCAACUAUUUUGUUCUGUGUCUGCAGAGGAAAUACAAUAGGGGUUGUGUGCCUCCUAUAGAAAACUUCUCGUGGAGUUUGUAGAAUAACCCUCCCCCUUCUAAGCAGAUAAAAUGUUAACAUCAAACAAACUAGUGUUUAUAUUAAAGAUUCAUUGUGUUGUGUUAACGGUGUUAGUGGAAUACUAUGGAAUAUGGCGUGUUUUGUUUUUCUUUUUGAGUUGUUUUCACUCUGCACCAACAGCAGGACCCCAUUUAGUCACAUCACAAUAGGGUACACACACACAGACAGUGCUUGUGAUUUUAAAGAGCCAAUAGGUGACGUGGAGAGAAUAAUAGCCCACUGUCACUGUUUGUCCCAUGAUUAAGCUUUUGGAAAGACAAAGAGCUGAAGGACAGUGUACCCAAACAUUGGUCAUUUCAUUUUCAUUCUAAACUCUAAACAUAAUCUUGUAUGUAUGCAUGUAUGUAUGUGCUGACUAACUAUUAAACUUUUUCUCUGCAGGUGGUCUAGGACAGUUAGGUGUAGGACUCGCACAGAUGCUGAGGUUUGAUAUGCACAAAUUCUUAAGACAUUUAAGUCUAUCAAAGGAUCAGAAAUCUGUUAUCACCAUUUCUAUGUCAUUGUCUAGGAAACAGUUUGGAAGAGAGAAUGUAAUCCUGUCAGACAUUAAGAAGCCUCCACCCCACGUUCUCAGCAGUGGUAUGCAAAAAUGCUGUUAAGUUUUUCUUUUAUGCUUUUCUUUUUCCUUUUUCUUCUUUCUUUUCUUUUUUCUUUUUAAACAGCUCCCUUUUUAAACAAUGAAAAUGUGAAAUAAUGCACUUUAUAUCGUUUUUGAAUUUGAAUUUGUUUUGCUGUAAAAGUUUUCAUUUUUUAUCUGAAUCUUUUUAAUUAACUGUGCAACCAAUUGACUGUACCUUCUUGGGUUAUUUAUAAAGACGCCUUGACCCUCAGACUUCAUCUUUUUCCAUUAGGUCCAUUUGUAUACGCUGAUGUGUUGGACUACAAACACCUCAGAGAACUGGUUGUAAAUCACCGUAUCACUUGGCUAGUCCACUAUAGUGCUCUGCUCAGCGCCGUGGGCGAGGCUAAUGUGGCUUUGGCUCGCAAGAUCAACAUUACAGGUUGGCUAAAUACAAACCUUAUUUACAUGAAUUGCCUUUAAAUGGGGGGGUAUUAUUUUAUUUUUGGAUCUCCUGUUGUGUAUCUAGGUCUCCAUAAUGUGCUGGACUUGGCCCUAGAGAACUGCCUGCGCCUCUUUGUCCCCAGCACCAUUGGAGCAUUUGGUCCCUCUUCUCCUCGUGACCCAGCUCCUGACCUCUGUGUCCAAAGACCUCGGACCAUCUAUGGUGUGUCAAAAGUACACGGAGAGCUGAUGGGGGAGGUGGGUCAAUCUGGAAAUGGUCUAUGACAGAAAAAUAUACAUGCACCUUGGGAAACAUGGUUUCAUCUCAAUAUUUUCUGCCUCAUUUUCUUUAGUAUCUUCAUCAUAAAUAUGGUCUGGACUUCCGCUGCCUACGUUACCCAGGUGUUAUAUCAGUUAACACAUCUCCUGGAGGGGGUACAACAGGUAGUGCAUCAAUUAAUAUCUUCACGUCACACAAACUCAUUAGCGACUAGACAACAUGAUUUAAGCUUGCCAUGCCUCUAUCUUCCUAGACUAUGCAGUGCAGAUCUUCCAUGAUGCUCUCAGUACAGGUCAUCAUGAGUGCUAUCUGCGUCCUGACACCCGUCUUCCUAUGAUGCAUAUCUCUGACUGCCACCGUGCUACAGUAGAGUUCAUGCAGGCCCCAGAAUGCCAACUGUCUUUGCGGACAUAUAACAUUGCCGCAAUGAGCUUCACUCCAGAAGAGGUGGCCCAAGAAAUCCGCAAGCACCUCCCUCACCUCAAGGUUACCUACAAUCCUGACUCUGUGCGCCAGACCAUUGGUAUGACUAAACACAAUUAGUAUACCAAUAUAUGUUAAUUACGUAUGUGUGGGAUAUUAUAUCUUUUUCAUAUACAGUCAAUUUAAAAAUAGAAGUACCUGUCAAAAUUUGGGAUACAGGCAAAAAAAAUCCCUCUUUAAAACCUAGGUUGAUUGAAAAUGGAGGUUUAAGUUGAUCUUUUCAUGUAUUACACUAUAUAACCACUGAGAGAUCAUAAAAGCAUGCGAUGGUUUGUGAUUGUCUUGUGUGGCAAAAAGCAAUAUUGUUGUUUCACCGCUUUAGAAUUUUUCACUUCGGUUUCAUUUUCAGACAUUUUCAGCAAAAUUAACAUAAGUAAGACUGUAGAGACGAAACGUUUUUAAAGUUUUUAUAUGGAAAACAUUUUGUUUUGUUUGGAAGUCUUUUUAUGAUUAGUAUUGCUAUUUUUGAUAAACGUUAUUGAAUAAAAGUCAUGUGAUCAUCUCGUUUGUCACUUUACAGCAGACAGUUGGCCUGUGAGGUUUGAUGACUCAAACGCUCGGAGAGACUGGGGUUGGGCACCAGCGUUCGGGCUUGAGGAGCUGGUGGCGGACAUGCUGCGCUCCAUUCGAGACAUGAGGACCAAUGAGGGUUUACCAGUUAGCUAG